CCCGCUCCACUCCUCCUCCUCCUCGCUCCCCUUCUCCCGCACGCUCCACUCUCGAUUCCACAAGUGCCGCUCACUUCGCUCCGCUCGCUGGGAGCUGCCGGGGCUGGGGAGCCCGCCAGGCAGGGGGCGGCUCGGCGCCCAGCUCCUGCCCCUGCCCCUGCCCCUGCCCCUGCCCGCGCGGACCAGGCUGCUGCAGGCGCGAGCGGGCUGAGCGAGCGCGUGGCCCCCCGCCCGAGCCCCUGUAUGUUCGGCUCCUGGCGCAGCGCAGCAGCCAGCAGCUCCAGAGGCGGCGGCGGCGGCGGCAUCGCAGCGGCCGGGCUGGGAGGCAGGAUGAAGGGCUUCCUCCGGCUGGCCCUCGGAUGCUUGGUGGCGGACCUGCUCACGCUGGUGUGCCGGGCGCAGGAGAAAGCCGGGCAGCACCUGGGCAGCAUCGUGGUGCUCUCCGGGGGGAACCACUCCAGCUUUGGGGAGCACGGAGACGCCUCGGAGCCGCCCCCGACCCCGGACUUCUGCCGGGGCUACUUCGACGUGAUGGGCCAGUGGGACCCGCCGUUCAACUGCAGCUCGGGGGAGUUCGUCUUCUGCUGCGGCACUUGUGGCUUCAGGUUCUGCUGCAAGUUCAAGAAGACCCGGCUGGAUCAAAGCACCUGCACGAACUACGAGACGCCGGUGUGGAUGAACACGGGGAAGCCUCCUGCCCGCAUCGACGACCCCCUGCACGACCCCACCAGGGAUAAAACCAACCUCAUCGUCUACAUCAUCUGCGGGGUGGUGGCGGUCAUGGUGCUGGUGGGGAUCUUCACCAAGCUGGGGCUGGAGAAGGCGCACAGACCGCAGCGGGAGCACAUGUCCAGGGCUCUUGCUGAUGUUAUGCGACCUCAGGGUCCUUGCACAACAGAUCACAUGGAAAGAGACCUAAACAUUGUAGUUCAUGUGCAACAUUAUGAAAACAUGGAGGCAAGGCCACCUGCAAAUAAUUUGCAUGGUCCACAGAUGAAUAAUGUGGUACCAACUUCUCCUCUCCUCCCUCAGAUGGCACAUCCACAUUCAUACCCCAGCAUCGGACAGAUCACAAAUCCUUAUGAACAACAGCCCCCGGGCAAGGAGCUUAACAAGUAUGCCUCCCUAAAGGCAGUCGGAGAGUAUGAUGGUGAUUUUCCUGUGAUGACACUUAAGUCAAAAGCUGACAAGGUCAACGACGACUUCUAUUCCAAACGCCGACACCUUGCAGAACUGGCUGCCAAGGGGAGCCUGCCACUGCACCCAGUGCGCAGAGAAGAAGACAGAACGUACACGCCUGACAAUGGCACAACCAGACAGAAUGGGCAGAAAUCCAAAGUCUCAAAGAUGCACACACACCCCUUAGCUUACAACUCCAACUUCAAAACCUGGGACCCCAGUGUCCAGUCCCUCCGACGGCAGACAUAUGCAAACAAGGGAAAGCACGGCACAGGAGAACCAGCAGCAAGUGACCCACUGACAACUCGGAGCCAGCACUAUCUACCCCCACAGCCAUAUUUCAUAACUAACAGCAAGACAGAAGUAACUGUUUGAGAUUGCUUUUGAGAAAAAAAGAUCCCUU